AUGACAGCUCUAAGAAUGCGAUUGCCAAUGUGGAACGAUGACCUCCCGAUCUUCUUGCUGUUCCUGCUCGGGGUAUUCGCCUCUGGCUCGUACUGCCUUGAGGUGAUAUACGCGAUUAACGCAGGUGGCGAAUCGCACACGGAUAGUUAUGGGUUACAUUAUGCCAGGGAUCCUCUUAUGGGGAAGGUCGGCACGGCCUCCGAUUAUGGUAAGCAGCUCAUCAUCGGGCGCAUCGGCAACGUGGACCAGAUAUUAUAUCAAACCGAGCGUUAUCAUCACAACACCUUUGGAUACGACAUCCCGAUCAGCCAGGAUGGGAAUUACGUUAUGAUACUUAAGUUUUGUGAGGUGUACUUCAACUCGCCAAACAUGAAGGUCUUCGAUGUCGUGCUGAAUGGCGAUCAUACUGUAGUCACCGAUUUAGAUAUCUUUGAGAGAGUUGGUCGAGGUGUUGCACAUGACGAAUAUGUACCGUUUAGGGUACAGGGUGGAAAGUUGAUAUACAAUGAUGAAGAAUCAGACAUUCUUGCAGGGAAGAUAAGAGUAGAAUUUAUAAAGGGUUAUAGAGACAAUCCAAAAAUAAAUGCCAUAGCUGUUGUGAAAGGUAUUUUGGAUGAUGUACCACAAUUGGGACCGAUACCGCCUGAUCCAGAGGAUUAUCAUGGUAUGCAAGAAGAAGAGGAAGAAACUACUAUGCGUAGUAGACACACGAGCGGGCCCAGGACACCUGACCCGUACUUGAUAGACGAUUCGUCUAUAAUGUUACCUGUUUUUGUAGCCAUCGGCGCUUUUAUUCCAUUAUUGUUCUGUCUAUGUAAAUUGUAAGUGGACACACACGUACAUAGAAAUGCCUUGUACUUAACGGUAACAGUGUUCCCAAUUAUUUAGACUUGCUCAAUCUACAAGAGAACGUCUAAAUAGUGUAAAUAAAUAAGUAAUCAGUUAUCUAAGCUCCUUUGCAUUGCCAGACUUAGCAUGUGAGAAUAUUUAUUUUUAAUUUAUAAACGUAGUGUUACGUGAAAUGUGUUUUAUACAUUUAUCUGAUUAUAUAGAUUUUUGAAGUAUUUUAGGAACAUUGUUUUUUCGAUAAAAAUGAUAUAAUUUUUUCAUAACUUCUAAGUAUUUACUAACAAAGCAAU